AUGGUGCAGAUGCAAAACUGGCCGCUAUACUUCUGGUCGUGGCUGCACCGGAACAAGGUAAAUCCCGCCCGUUGUAGCUGCCGAUUGCCGAACGCGAGACGCGAGAUUGUCGAAUCUCACUCGCCAGUUUUCGUCCUGAAGAUCGCGACGCCUGCGGAUCCCCUUCCCCUUCCCCUGACCAUGGCCCCGGUCAGAUUCAUCGGGCCUCCCGAUCUCUCCGGUCGCACGCCCAUCUAUCGCCUCGCGAAAACUGUCGUGCCCCCGGCUCCUCCGCCACAUCCUCCCUCACAGCCGCAGCCGAGUCCCUCGCAAGUCAACAACGCCGCGCACCCGCACCCAGCUCCGUACCAACCGCCCUACCACCCUCACCCUCACGCGCCUCACGCGCCUGCCCCUCCUCCUCAGCCUCAAUCGCAUCCACAUCCAUCACCCUACAACUCUCCCUACACCCCCUCAAAACCCCCUCCGCAGACGACACCACAGGAAAACAAAGAGAAUGCGCCGGCGCCAACCCAAACACCACAAGGGACACCAGCACAAGGCACAGGAACAGGCACACCCGCCUCCUCAGCGCGCGGCUCCCCCCUAACAAAGCGGCGCGGGCGCAAGCUGCAAGAAAGCGAAGUGCUCAUCCUCGUCAACUGCUGCCUCGAAUACCAGAGCAUCUUCCACGACAACCCGGCGCGCUUCUGGUACUGCGUCGGCGUGAGCCUGAAGCGCCAGAUCAAGCGCAAUUUCUCCUGGCAGAGUUGUCGGCAGAUCAUUGAGGAGUUGGUGUCGGAGCGCCGCGAGCGGAGGCGCGAUGUUGCGGCCGGGAAGGUCAAGGAGCAGCCGAUUACAGAACUGGUUCUUGCGACGGAUAAGUGGAUUUCGGUUUGUGAUGCUGUCGGUGGUGCGCCGGGGCUUGCGACGCCGGGGAAUACGCAGUCGUUAAAGAGGCCGGAGCAGCCGGAUUCUCCUGGCGCAGAGGCGAAUAGUGCGAACUCGGCGAAGCGGCCGAAGCAGAAUGAGCAGGUAGCUACGAGACCGCCGCCGCCGCCGCCACCAACACAGGCUGCUACCGGGCCACCAAUUCCGUAUCCUCCAUAUCCUCCGUAUCCCAUGCCACCGCAUCAUAUGCCGCCUGCGCCCAUUCCGACGAUACCGAGCGGGCCUACAAUGGCGGAGUUUCAGACGUUGAAGGUGGAUAUCCAGAGCUUGAGAAUGGAUGUACAGAGUAUGCGGAGGGAUAUGAUCGAGGUUCGGAACGAUAUCAAUGCGAAGCUCGACUUGAUCUUGAAAACGCUUCAAGAGGGCAAGGAGACCAAGGAGGACAAGGAGGACGAUAAAGACAAGGAAACAUGA